AUCAUCACAUAAUCAAAACCCUAAUUUCCUAUUUGGAGUUCGAAGGCACUCGAAGCCCUUCUUCCCUAUUACGUAUCAAAGUGCUCUCAUUGAGAGUCAUGACAGACGCAUCAUCCACCACGAACGAACUCGACGCUAGGGUUCGCGAGAUGGGACACGCCAUGGUGCAGAUGCAGAGGGAUUUGGAGUUCUGGUUCGAGCAGCUUGACGUAGCUCUGGCCACCAACCAGACUGCCGUCGUCGGCAUCCAGGCAGGGGGCGGCGGACGAGUAGGACGGCACCUGGAGCACCACGACAGAGGCAGGGGAUUUCACGCACCGAAGCUCAAGCUCGAGCCACCCAAGAGUGACGGCGCGGAACCCUUGCGGCCAGCAGCCAAUUGGUUUCGAUGGCGGCGGAACAACGGCCUAAUUGCGGACUGGGAUGACUUCGUAUGGAAAUUCAAGCUACGGUUCGAUCCGCUUCAUUAUGUGGACUACGUGGGUCAAUUAGCUCGGGUCCGACAGGUAGGAGGAGUCAUAGAGUAUCAGGCCGCCUUCGAGAAGGUUCACACCCACAUCACCGAUGUUCCCGAGCCCUAUCUUCAAUCAUUAUUUCAUGCAGGUUUGAAGAACCACAUCCAACACGAGAUCAGUUUACUCAAACCUGAGACAUUAUCAGAGUCCUUUGCAUUGGCCCGGGAAUUGGAGGCAAAACACCAAGCCAUCGUACAUUCGGUAGGGUUGAAGAGUUUGUCAUGGGGUACCAACUUCAACCGCGGCAACCCUAGCCGGGCCGUAUCGAAAGGGUCAGUGACCAAGCCAGCCCAGUUGGGCAGCGGGGUCAAAACUUUGUCUGAGGGGCGUGAGUCCUCCAACACACCUGCCAUCAGGCGCCUCACCAGAGUUGAGCGUUUGGAAAAGGACGCUAAGGGUUUAUGCUAUAAUUGCGACCAAAAGUGGCACAAGGGACAUAAAUGUGGGCGGUUCAUUCUGAUCAUGGGUAAAGACGAAGGGGAGGAGGAUGAGGCCGAGGAAAAAGAAGAAAUUGAAGUCGCUGCCGACAUCUUGAGUUUGAACAGUAUGGCGGGGGUCACCACUCCUCGAUCCCUGCGACUCACGGGCAAGAUUGGGCAACAUGGGCUGGAUGUUUUAAUCGAUGGUGGGAGCACGCACAAUUUCGUGCACCCCCGCAUGGUGGAAAAAUUAGGGCUGAGCCUGGAGAGAGUGGCGGCGUUCCGGGUAUACGUCGGCAGCGGAGACGCUUUAUGCUGCACCCAACAAUGCCGUAACGUCGCCCUAGAGUUGCAAGGAACAACAUUUACAGUGGAUCUUUACGUCCUCCAGAUCCACGGGCAUGAUGUGGUCCUGGGCGUCCAAUGGUUGAGGGGUCUGGGGGGAGUCCUACAUGACUACGAAAAGGUGACGAUAGAGUUUGCCUGGGGAGAACAGACGGUGGCACUACGGGGGGAUGCUUUGGUCCCUAAGCAAACAUCCUUACACCAUUUACGGGCCUUGCAUGUGCGGCACGAGGUAGACGUCGGGAUCCUCCUCACGGUUACCCAAGCCGAAGACACGGGGGAGAAAGUGUCUGGCGCAACACAAGAGGGGCUGCCGAAGGGGAUCACAGCGCUCCUGGAGCGUUUUGACGAGGUGUUUAAGGAACCCCAGGGGCUGCCUCCACACCGUAUCACUGAUCACAGGAUCUACUUGCAACCCGGCGUGGCCCUGGUGAAUGUACGGGCCUACCGGUAUCCGCACUUCCAAAAAGAGGAAAUCGAGCGACAGGACCGAACUAGUUCUCGACAUGGCAUUUUCAUGGCGACAAAGAGGAACGACACAUUAGCAUCAUCUGUAGCCGUGAUAACUGCACGGAGUCUGUGGCCUUUGCGACUUGACGCUCACCAUCCUCCCACAAAAUGGUGUCUUCCCAUUGCGGUCGUACUAAUCACAAUGUUGAGACGUGUUUUGAGCUCAUUGGUUUUCUGGCUCAUUAUGAAAGGGGAGGUGGCGGUGAGGGAUCUUCCUCUCGAGGAGGUCUUGGCACCUCGUCAGGUGGCUGUGGCCAUGAGGUUUAGCUAGCACCUUCGGCUACCAGUUGGUCAUUGUUAGCUGAUAAGUCUGUUUCGAACGCACUUAUCUGCUCCAUAAUUAAUGUGUUAUUGUCCAAUUUUGGAUCAACUGAAACAAAUUUUCAUUUUUAUUCAUAAUUGUAAAAUUGCACAAAAGUUGUGUUUCUGUUGAAAAAGAAUAAAAGUUGGGUAAAAUAAUGAUAAAUUUAGGAUUGGGUG